AUGGCUGUUGCGGUUGUGGGUGAAUCAUUUCUGUCCGCUUUCAUUGAAGUUGUCCUCGACAGGCUUGCUUCUCCUGAGGUUGUUGACUUGAUCCGUGGGAAGAAAGUUGACGUCAACUUGGUUCAAAGGUUGAAGAACACUCUUUAUGCUGUUGAAGCUGUGUUGAACGAUGCUGAACAGAAACAGCUCAAAGACUCUGCUGUUAUCAAAUGGCUUGAUGAUCUCAAAGAUGCUGUUUAUUUUACUGAUGAUCUUCUCGACCACAUCUCUACCAAAGCUGCAAUUGGGAAGGAAAACAAAGAGGUGAGUGUUGUUAACUACUUCUCUCGCUUUUUCAACUUUGAAGAAAGAGAUAUGGUUUGUGAGUUGGUAGAUAUAGUUGCUAGACUUGAAUACAUUCUCAAAUUCAAAGAUAUUUUUGGUCUUCAACAUAUUGCAACUCACCACCACUCUUCUUGGAGAACUCCAUCCACCUCUCUAGAUGCCGGUGAAUCUAACUUAUUUGGUAGGGAUCAAGACAAAAUGGUCAUUCUCAAGUUACUGUUAGAUGAUGAUCAUGUUGAUGAUAAGACUUGUGUGACUGUGAUCCCCAUAGUUGGCAUGGGUGGGGUGGGAAAAAUCAUAUUAGCCCAAUUUGUGUACAACAAUGACAAUAUAAAGCAAAAUUUUGAUGUGCAAGCAUGGGCUUGUGUUUCCGACCAUUUCGAUGAAUUCAAAGUUACAAAGGCAAUCAUGGAGGCAGUUACUAGAAGUGCUUGUAAUAUAAAUAAUAUAGAGUUGCUUCAUCUAGAUUUGAAGGAAAAACUGGCCGGAAAGAAGUUCUUAAUUGUUUUGGAUGACGUUUGGACUGAGGAUUAUGAUGCUUGGAAAUCCCUUUUAAGGCCUCUUCAGUACAGUGACAAAGGAAGUAAAAUUCUUGUAACAACCCGUAUUAAAAAAGUUGCUUCUAUGCUACAAACUUUUCAAGGUUACUCUCUUGAGCAAUUGUCUGAUGAAGAUUGUUGGUCUGUGUUUGAAAACCAUGCAUGCCUUUCUCUAAAACACUCCAUUGAGAAAAUGGAACUCCAAAAAAUUGGCAAAGAGAUUAUUAGAAAAUGUCAAGGAUUGCCUUUAGCAGCACAAUCACUUGGGGGCUUAUUGCGAAGUAAACGUGACAUCAAGGAUUGCAAUAAUAUACUAACUAGUAACAUUUGGGAAACUGAGAGUAAGAUUAUUCCUGCACUCCAAAUCAGUUACCAUUAUCUCCCUCCCUAUUUGAAAUGUUGCUUUGUUUUUUGA